UAUAUAAUUGUUUUGUUUUGUAACAAACAGUACUAUAGUUUUUAAUUAAUAAAAAUGUGUUUACAAUCUUCUAAAUUAUAUGUGAUUACAAUGAUUGCAAUACAUGUUGUUUACUAAUUGUUGAAUACUAAUCACUAAUACAAUCAUAUCAUAUGAUAUAUCAGUGCAUAUGUUAUAACCACAAAACAAGUGAUUGAUGGGCAAGAAAAAGGUUAAUCCGAUUGGUGGUAGUGGUGUUGGUGGUGGUGGCGAUGGACACGACGGCAAUGAUAGUGAUGCCGAUGGCCAACCAUUGGUUGGCCAAUCGUUGUUUGUUGUCGAACAGAUACGCGACCGACGGCUAGUCAACGAUGAGGUCCAGUAUUUGGUUAAAUGGCGCGAAUUUGACGAAAAGGACAACACAUGGGAACCGAUCGAUAAUCUUAUCGAUGGUUGUCAUCAUUUGAUCAGACAGUUUGAGUCGAUGCAUGUGCCACCAGCGUCGCCGCCGCCUCCAGAGGACAAUGAGGUCAUCAUCAACAACAACAAGACAGAGACAACUACAACGACGAUAACCGAUACAACAGUGGCGGCCACAGUAGUAGCCGAUAAUACAACCGAUGAAAAUGACGGCGACUUAGUAUUGUUAUCGGACACCGAUUCGGACGAGACAGUUGUCAGUGAGGAAGAGGAGGAGGAGGUGACCACCAAAACAACUGAUGAUAGACUGGAGACAACCACAUCGUCAUCAAUAUGUGAACCAAAUAAUACCACUUGCGGUCAAACAAUCAAACGAGUUAUCACCAAAAGCUGUUCAAAGCCGUGCCAUUGGUGUCCGCAUGUGGUGUACACUGUUUUCCCGGUAGGAUUGAGACCCGAGAAGAUAGUGAAGGCAGCUUUUGACGGCAAAAACAUUUGGUUUUGGAUUAAAUGGUUGGACACCGCGGACUCCGAUGAUGAUGAGGUGGUGUCCAUUGUUUUGGGCAAACAGGCAAACAUUGUUUGUCCGCAAUUGGUUAUCAAAUACUAUGAGUCUCGGCUAUUGUUUGAUUGAUUCAUUAAUUUUAAGACAAUCAUACGGUAAUAAUAAUUAAAUUAUUAUUAAAUUG